AUGAAAAAGGUAGACUUUAAAACUAAUAAAGACUCCAAGUAUUAGUAAGAACUAGAUAAAGAGGAGAUAAAGGCCCAAAUUGAGACUAUAACUCAGUACAAUAAGGUGCUGUAGAAACUCGAGAUAAACGAAAAAGUACUCAAUUGCAACAUAUAUGAUCUGUUUUAAUAUUACAAUAUGGCAUUUUUCGGGAAUUCGCUAGAAUGCGUAAUACUGGAAUGGAGCAAUAGAAUGACUCUGUGUGCUGGACUCUGCUACUAUCAUGAUAAAAUGUGCACGAUUAGACUUAGCAAGUAAUUGCUAAAGUAUAGAUCAGAGAAGGAACUCCAGGAAACUCUGAUUCAUGAAAUGAUCCAUGCUCAUCUAUUUCUGACAAAGAAGGGUUACAGUAGAGAUGGUACUGAUGGUCAUGGCCCUGUAAUAGUUAAAAAUUCAAAAUCAUUAUAAUAGGACUUCUAGUCGAAGAUGAAAGAAAUCAAUGGAAUAACUGGAUUUAAGAUUACAGUAUACCAUUCAUUUCAUGAUGAAGUAGACAGCUAUCGAAAAAAGCUCCAUACUAUGGGAUAGUCAAAAGAUCUAGAAAUAUGCCGCCUGGACCUUUUGACGAUUGGUGUAAUCCAAAGAUAUUUCAUAAUUCAGUUAUUAGGGGAAAUGCACCAACAAAAAUGUAAGGGUGAAUUUAUAAAGAUUGCAGAACCUGAAGGAUACAAGCCUGCUAAAAAGAAAGACUAAGAAGUUUAAGAAAAGAAUAAGUUCUCGCCUGACAACACUCUAGAUAAGUUCUUUACCAAAUCAAAGAAGUAGUUUGAUACAAGUCACAAUCAUGUUUAUGAAGAAGAGAAAUAGCCUCAAAACGAAGUUGCCAACAAAAAGAAGCGAAAAAGAGAUGAAUUUGAAAAUGGAAAUAUGAAUGAUAAAAGUAUUAAUGAAGAAUAGAAGAACAAUAAAAUUAGAAAACUCAAUGACACCAAUAGCAAUAGCAGUAAGAAUGCUGACCCUAUAUUGGUAUUCGAUGAAGAUGAUCUUGCAAUGUAGAUAGCUCUUCUAAACUAAUUCAUAGUAAAUAUGGAAAAGCACUAUACAUGGGAUGAUAUACCAGGGCUUGAUAAGGCUUUGGUUUAGCAUAUCAAGGAAAAAUUUGACUUUGACAAGGUGACAAAAGUACAAAAAGCAGUCAUUCCUCUGUUCUAGUCUAAUAAGGAUGUUUGUGUCAAAGCUUGCACUGGUUCUGGAAAGACUCUUGCCUUUGCAGUGCCAUUAGUUUAGCAAUUGAUGAAAAUAAAUAGUGGAAAAAACAAGUAUCAGAAUAAUGAAGUUGUUGGUCUUAUUUUAGCUCCAUCAAGAGAACUUGCUAUCUAAAUCUAUAAGGUUGUGGAGCUAUUCUAAGAAUUGAUAGGUGAUCUUUAAAUACAAUACAUUAUUGGAGGUAAUAAACUAGAAUACGACACUCAGAGAAUUAGAGAAAAGGGGUGCAAUAUUGUCAUAGGUACCAUUGGUAGAAUUUUUGACUUGCAAUCUAAAAACUUGCUUAACUUCAAAAGACUUGAGAUGUUGAUCAUGGAUGAGGCCGAUAAAUUGCUAGAAGAUGGCAAUGAAAAUCAGCUUUCAAAUAUUUUGAUGACUCUGCCAAAGCAGCGAAGAACUGGAUUAUUCUCAGCAACAAUGACAUCCUAGCUCAAAUCUCUGAUCAGGAUAGGUAUGAGAAACCCUUACUUUGUUGAUGUCAGACUUGAGGACCAAGGAAUUUUCGCAACCCCCUAAGAUAUCGUUCAUAUAUAACAGUUUGACUUAACUUCAGAUAAGAAUGAGUUGAAUAGACAGAUUCAGGAGAUAAAUGAGGUGCCCUCAAACCUGGAAAACUUUUAUUCUCCAGUUGAGAACCAAGCUUUGAAAAUGAAAAGAUUCAUAGAUUUCCUAAAGUCUAUUAAACCUUCAAGAAUCAUUGUGUUCUUUGGCACAUGUGCUUCUGUUGAUUAUCAUAAUCUUAUUCUGCAGUUCUUGAUUGAUGCUAAGAUUUACAAACUUCACGGAAAGAUUGAUCAGAAAAAGAGAGGCAAAAUUUAUUAGUAAUUCAGGUCAUAGGAUCACGAGGAGAUGAAAUGUCAUUAGGUGUUGUUGACCACAGAUUUGGCAGCCAGAGGUAUUGAUAUUCCAGAAGUUGAUUGGAUUGUAUAAUAUGAUCCCCCUCAAGACAGUGAUCAGUAUGUGCAUAGAAUUGGUCGUACAGCCAGAGCAGGUAAAUCUGGAAAGUCUCUCAUAUUAUUAAUGGACAAUGAAGUUGCUUAUGUUGAAUUCUUAGCCAAAAAGCAAGUUAAAAUUGAGGAGCUUAAAAUUUAAGAAGCAAAAAAUAGUUUGAGUUAUGAGCAAUUAAGAGAAAAAGUCCAGAAUGAGAUGAAGUAGGAUAGAGAUCUGAUUGAUAAAGCCUCAAAUGCAUUCGUCAGCUUUGUUAGGUACUAUAAAGAACACAGUCUAUAGUUUAUAUUUGUAAUGAAUAUGCUCGACAUUGGAGCUGUUGCCAAUUCAUUCUAUUUAUUCAAGGUCCCAAGAGUAAAAGAAAUUCUAGGAAAACCACUUAAAGGUUUCAAUUAAAAUAAUUCUGUCAGUUAUGAAACUGUCCCAUAUAAAGAUAAAAACAAGGAGAAGUAGAAAGAAGGACUAUUGAAAAAGCGUCAAGAGAAAUUUGAAUUCAAAGAGCAUGUAAAGGAAGUACAGGCUGAGAAGGACUUGAAGAAAAGGAAUGUGUCAAGACAGCAAAAAGUAAGGAGAAAGAAGGAAAAUGACUGGAAUGAGUGGGAAGAGCUCUAAAAAGAAGAGAACCUUAUAAAAAAGCUAAGGAAAGGUAAAAUUACUCUGAAGGAGUUCAAUGAUCUGGUAGAUGAUGGCUCUGACUUUGAAGACUAAUGA